UUUGAACCAUGCUGAUGUACUAAUAUAGUCGUGCGGAUACUUUAACUUCAGUGUAGUGAGAAGCUCGUUGCAAGAUGACGGGUUUUGUGGUAUUCCUGACCUUGGUUAUUGUCGCUUAUAUUACGGCUGCCCCAGCGACAAAUUACGGCGACGCGUAUGCAGAUGAUAGUAGCUAUGGCGUAGUUGUUGUUAGUGGCUCAUCUUUCGGAGAUGGUGCAUUCGCAACCAAUUGGAGACCAGCAGUUCAAGCACAGAAUCAGCCUGUCACGGAGGGACCAAACCUGGAUUCUCCAACAUCGUGCCCACCAUGUCCUCAAGUUCCAUUUUCAGGAAAUAAGAAACCUGUUUCAUUUUCAAUACACGGCGAUUCAGGAUGGGUAACGGUUGAAAACUCAACUUUCGGCGACGGAGCAUUUGCAAACCACCAUUUUGAUAAACCACUUCACGUGGUGAAUAAUCAGGUGCUGGUCGGCUCGGCCCCAGAGGCUCUAAAUGUGGAAACACCAACGACAUGUCCACCGUGUCCUCAAGGGAACAAAAUUGGUAGUUCAUAUAGCAAAAAUGGAGCCUCAGGAGUAGUGAUUGUUGAAAACUCAAAAUUUGGCAAUGGAGCGUUUUCGACAUAUGAUUGGCCUAGAUCACAUUACGUGCAGAAUAAUGUCUAACAUGUCAGGAAUUUUAAAUAAGUUUUAAGAUUAUAUAAAAUAUAGAUAUAUACCAUAAACUUCAAGUCUACUUACUGUCUUUGAUUUAUCUUUAUUGGGUGUAGAAGAGAUUACUUAUUUAUAUAACAAAACUAAUUGUGUGUUGCAUUCUUUUAUUUAAAUAAAAUAAGUUGAGAAUA